GGUUAUAAAAAUCAAAAUAUUUGAGUAAUCAAAAUAAAUUAUUCUAAUUCCAUUUUAGAUAACAAUCAAUUCUAUCAAUGCAUUCGAAAAAAAAUCAUUAGUCUUCGUUUAUGUAGAAAUGUCAGAUAAUCCGAGUACUAGUGAAAAUGAUAUCUCAAAUUUGCCAUCACUCUUCCAAGAAGGAUUGAAUCUUUUCAAUAAUUUGGAAAAAGAUCAUGAAGCCACUAAUAGCUUAGAAGUUCAAAUAAGAGUGAAAAAAUGUAUAAAAAUACUGGAGAAAGCUACAAUUUUAUGUUCAUAUGCCGGUGUAUUCAGUACCAAUGAAGGAUAUGAUGAAGUGGCAACUGCAGAUCUUCAAUAUUUCUUAUUACCAGCAUUACUUGGAUCACUUCACUUGAAACUUACAUCAGGGGAAAGAAAUAACAUUGUGGAAGUUUGUGAGGUUUAUUUUACGGAUUUCAUGAAGAGAUGUGUUGAUUAUGGAUUGUGUACAUAUGAUUUCAAGAAACAAAAACCAGCUGUUGACGAUGGAUCAGAAAAUAAAGCAUCUUUGAGUGAAAUGGAGGAACUAACUGUCUUGGCUAAAAGAAGAGCCGAGAAGAUUAAGAGAUAUAAUGAACAGCAAGAAGCAAAGAGACUACUCAAUGCAUUGGAAGUAAAUUUCAAAAAAGAACAUGUUGAUGAUGAUCUCAAAAGAGAAUAUUUCACAAAAUUAAUACAGUUUUAUUGUGAUGAAGCAAUAAAUGAAUUAGACAGUUUGGAAUUUGAGAAAGUUCUGUUGAAGCAUAUGGCAACAAUGAAAAAAAGUAUUCUACCAAAACCAAUGAAGAGACCCCCUACUCCAUUGAAACCAAUUAUUAUCACUAAAGAUAUAGCUCAGAAAGCUGUGUUUGGAGCUGGUUACCCUUCUAUGCCUACUUUGACUGUCCAAGAAUUCUAUGAAAAAAGGAUUAAAGAUGGGAUAUUUCCUGAUCCUAACAAUUUGAAAAUUAAUUCGAUAAGUUUGCAAGAUGCUGCUAUGAGUGAUUCUACUCAAGAACAUCAGGAAGAUCAAGAAGAAGAAAUUGAUACUGAUGAUUAUCAUAUUCUUGAAGCAAUGAGGCAAAGGGAUGAAUUUAAAGACACUCACCGUAGAGGUUGGGGAAACAGAAUGAAUAGAAGUUAGCUUCAUAUAUGGAGAUGAAAAAAUGUUUAUAAAUUCCUGUAUGCUUAAUUUGAGAUUAUUUGAUUCAAUAAUAUUAAUUUUACCUUUGUCAUUAUUUAUUACUUUUGUGAGAUAUGACAUUAAGUUCAUUUGCUUGAUAUGCAAAAAAUAAUUGUUGAUUUUGAAUAUCAUUUUGAUAAUCAUCACCUUAUUAUGGUAACAUAUUUCUGGACCGAAUAUGUUGAUGAAGAGAAAGUUCAAAAAUAAUAGUAUGUACUUAAUUUUUAUGGAAAUAAAUAUUUUUGUUGUUC